AAUAUUCUUCCUUCUUAACAUGACGGAAAAAGGGAAGUUAUUAAAGCUAGACACAUUUCAUAACUGUUAUACACAACUAUCUGUCUGGGAGCUUAAUGUCGUUUUAUUUAUUUGAACAGAUUCACUAUGUUACGCAGCAUAUUUUACCUACAAUUGAUGAUGACAGUCUUCCAAAAUCAGAUAUGUUGUCAUCCUCAAAAAGAGAAGAUAGACGUAAGUGGCAAUGCCGUGAAUGUCGUGCAAACGGAAGAUCAAAGCCUUCCAAAGGGAACCCACUGGUGCAAAAUGUCUAUAAAUAGAACAAGCGCAUUAUAUCUGCAAAAUAAUAUUGAAGAAUAUAAGCCAAAUUUUGCGAGACUUGAACUACGAUUUCGGUAUGUUCAUCCGGUAGUAGAGCCUUACAUACUUGAGCCUAGCACCAGUCAUACAGAGGAAAUUAUUCAACCAUAUCAAUGGGUGUGGACGUAUUACUUACCAACGGGUUUCUUUUCAUAUAUUAAAUGGCCAGUAGACUUUCCUAUUCUUUCCUUUGGACUUCUAGAAGCCAAAACUCUAAGAAAACAAUUCCUGGUUGUAGAAAUAUCAGACCCAAACUGUUCGGUGACGAUGGGAAAUCUAGAAACGACUUAUUCAGUAGCUAAUGCUCUUAGAGAUCUAACAAACGAAUAUCUUCUUCACAUUAAGAAAGCGUUUAGUUAUUCCUAUUGGUGUUACUUGGCAGAGAUACCUGGUGUGAAAGAUACAUUGGGUUAUCAAUUUGGUAUAUAUCUUGCAUAUCCAGUGGAAUUUGCACGCUACAAUUGCUGCAGAACGGAACAAUCGGUCACAAACGAGACAAGAUUUUCAAUACACUGCUCGAAACACCAGCUAAAGAAAAUGUGGCAAGGUACCAUCAUUCCGUAUAUACUAGGUCUUGUUGCCUUUGGUUACUUUCCUAUUGUUUUGUUUAGCUGGAGUGCGAAUAUGGUGACUAUUGGAAAGAAUGGAAGAUGCAGGGAGUUUGACUUGAUGUCUGCUGCAGACGAUGACAACGAUGAGAAAAACUUUGCUGAGAACUGGAUAUUUUUGGAUGGAAAACCACCAAUAUGUCUAACAACAUUGAUCUUUGGUUUCUGUGGCCUUGCCGAAACACAUCCCGUUACAGUUUCAAGGCUGAGGCGUUUAAUAUUCAUUCUAUUAGGUCCUUGUGUAAUCUUCUGUGAGUUAUAUGUCUACUACACUUUCCAAUAUGAAACAACAAUGGCUCUAAUAGACCACGGAUGUCCGAUGGGAUAUUUAUCUAUGCUUGGUGGCUUUGAAAAGAGUAGAAAUAAUUUCCAACCAAUAUUGGGCGGGCCGUAUUGUCUGAUCAUGGUUUUCUACGUCGCAGGUUUUAUUUUCCUCAUAUCACCAACGUAUCCUGAUGGCGUUGUCUUUGACGGGACAGUAAGAUAUUCAUCUUUCGGAGAAAUGUCACCUUUGUUUCUAGAUAUUACGACAAUAGAAGGUUUUUCUCAUUUAUCAAUAGCUAACGAGACGUGCGGAUACAGGCGUGUUGCUGCUCUCAAUACUGCAUUGUUUUACACUUUGGUAAAUCCCAAAUUCUGGUGGUAUUCUGUCAGAAUUCAGCUAUCUCGAUUCAGAGCUUUACUAACCAUGUGUACAUCAAUGUGUGUCAAAGUCAUCUUUUCUGUAUUGAUUUUGCCGAUUUAUAUCGUCAUAUGUGUCGCUGAACUUUUUCUGUGCAUCGUCUAUUAUGGCAUCCCAAUGAUCAAUGCAAUGUGUAUAAUUGUCACCGGCUAUGUAGUUUGGAUGAUAAAAUUUCUGAGAAGGAGAAGUGACAGAUCAGCCAGUCUCUUCUGGGGUAUAUUCAACAGUUAUGCAUGUAAAUUUGUUUUAGUCUCUAUUAUGACUUGUUUAUUCAUUUAUUACAUGUUCAGUUUCUGCACCAUUUUCAUCCUCAGUUUCGCAUUCAUCUCCGAAGUGCUUGUUUUCAGCUUCAUCUCUGUCAUCGUGUAUCCCACUACUUCUUUUGGAUAUUUGUUCUUUGGCAUUGUAUUCUUUUACUAUAUAUUUAAGACUUUUCAAGGUUUAGGUAAUACUUACCUAGAGCUAUUAGCGGACACUGUAGAAAUAAGUUAUGAAAUGGAAAAUGACAUGUACAAAAACCCGAUAAUAGAUGGCACUUUAAUUAUCAACGAUUCCACACCUGUUGAAAUAACAAAAAUUCAGAUAAGCCACAGGGUAAUCAACCUUUCGACAAACCAGCGUCAAGCGAUUCGGGAAGUUAAUAUCGACAAAAAACCAAAGCUUGUGUACAGAAAACACGUGGCUGGUAUACCACGUGAUCUAUUUUAUCUACUCGUGAAGAAAUAUUUUCCCGUGCAUAUUCAAAUCACACAUGCUCUCUUAAGGAUCUGUCUAAUCCUUGCCCUUAUCUACGUAACCAUCAGUAUUGUAGUUGUGAAGCCAUACAGUCCGACUGAAGGGAUCUCUGAAAUGAUGCAUGUUGUUUUCAUUGUCGCUAUUGGUGCUCUGCCAAGAGUGUUAGAAGUUGCAAUGGAUAACAUUAAUCACCACGUAAAGAAAGAAAUUCAUCUUCGAGAAAUCAAAGCAACUGUACAUGAUUACUGGAUUAAUCAGCUCAAGGAGGAUUAAAGCGAUGCCUGGCUUAUCGGCCAGUCUAUAUGGACUACGUUUCAUACGUAAUGACUGUAGUCAAGUUUAUUUUCUCAACCACGCAUAUAUAUAUCAGUGUUUUUAACUUAUUGUAUACUUGGAAAUAUUAAGCAGACACUAAACUUUUAUAAUCAUAUUUGAAAAUGUACUGUGUGGACAUGUCUACUGACUGACUAUAGUAUCUUUGGAAAUGAACAGCCAAUUUGAAACAGCACGCCAUUUUUAUUGAAAUUAUACAUGUAUACCGUAUUCAUCUUUUUUCCUUAUGAAUAUAGCAUGACAAAAGUGUUAGGAAUGCUGAUUACAAACGCAUUUGUACAUAUAAAACGAGGGAUGAGAUAAUUUCCAUGUCGCUACACUUAAGAUCACACUCAUACAUGCAUUGUUUGUAAAUAUAUGUGUUUUUAUACUGGUUUUGCAGUUGUUAUUGCGCAAUAUAUGAAAAUUCCACUCUAUUUUUGUUGCAUGAUCAGAGUACAGCUGUAAAGUCAUUAAAGAGGGAAAUAAAAUAGCGAGACUAUAA